UUCACUCGUCCUUGAAACUUGAGGUACUGAUUCUAUCUCUCAUCCACAUCUUAGUUCAUGUUCGAGUUUCUCUGGUCUCUUACUCUUUCACCUAGAAAUUUGUUUGGUCUCCCAACAACAUAAACGCAUGUAUACAUUUUCAUGUGUCUUUGUAAGGAUAUUGAUUCAUUUUUUUGGGCAAAUAGAUAAUCAAUUCAAUGCUAUGUUUUGUCUGAAAUGUGCAGCUUCAAUUACAAAGAAUGGCUGCUUCAAGUGCUGUCACCGCAAACUACGUCCUCAAGCCACCUCCAUUCGCACUGGAACGGGUCAAGUUGGGUGGUCCAUAUUGGGUAAAGGCCGUGAAUGUUCUAGUUGGAUGCUUUGGAGCCGCAUAUGAGCAAACAAACUCUGGAGUUUCACUGGGGAAAACAUCACAGAGCUUACGUGGACAACCUCAAGAAACAGGUUCUUGGAACCGAGCUUGAAGGCAAGCCCUUAGAGCACAUUAUCCACAGCACUUACAACAAUGGUGAUCUCCUCCCUGCUUUCAACAACGCUGCUCAGGCGUGGAACCACGAGUUCUUCUGGGAGUCAAUGAAACCAGGUGGUGGAGGAAAACCAUCAGGAGAGCUUCUUGCUUUGCUUGAAAGAGAUUUCACUUCUUAUGAGAAGUUCUAUGAAGAGUUCAAUGCUGCUGCAGCCACUCAGUUUGGAGCUGGCUGGGCCUGGCUUGCUUAUUCAAAUGAAAAACUCAAAGUAGUGAAAACUCCCAAUGCUGUGAAUCCCCUUGUGCUCGGCUCUUUCCCAUUGCUUACCAUUGAUGUCUGGGAGCAUGCUUACUACCUUGACUUCCAGAACCGAAGACCAGAUUACAUAAAGACAUUCAUGACCAAUCUUGUGUCUUGGGAAGCUGUAAGUGCCAGACUUGAGGCCGCCAAGGCUGCUUCUGCUUAAGCAAAUUUCUGAACAAUUUGACUUCAGUGACAGUGAGUUCUGCAUCACCGAAGUCUCUUAUAAAAUAUUGGUCGCUGUAAUAAGGACACAGCUCUCUUGUUGUGUAUGUGUCACAGAGUUCUUCAUUUUGCUUGUGUAAUGAACAAUUAAACAUGCUCUUUUCUGAGUGUGUGUGCGUUUUGUGUGUGUCAAGUUUUUCAUCGUCUCCUUUAUUAAACUCAAAUUGGCACCUACCAUCAGUAAUUCAUAGUUUGGCAUGGCCCAUUAUUCAAUUGGACAUUUAUAGUUGUAAUAACGUGGAUGCCCCUGUCCCAUUAAAAAAUCACAAUUCAUCACCAUAGCUGUUAAC